AUGUCUCGUGGCUUAGCAAAUGACGAAUUAUUGCAGGCUUUUAUGCUUGAGGACGAUUCUAAAAAUUCUACUGCAAUAUCACUAGAUAAUAAAUUAACACUUACUUCUGGUUUACAUGUGAUUGAUGAGGGAGAUGCUGAAGAGGAUGUGUCACAAUAUGGUGAGGAUACAGGAAUGUUGAUAGAGUCUAUCGAAUUCGAAGAGAUAAAAAAGCCUAAAGAUGGUGGAUCAGUUUUUGAGAGCUCGUUGUUGAUGGCGAAUAGUAUAAUCGGAGCAGGAAUAAUUGGACUUCCAUUUUCAUUUCGAGAGGCAGGAAUAUGGACAGGGCUGAUUUUAUUAGUAGGCUUGACACUAGUCGUCGAUUGGACCAUUCGCCUGCUAGUUUUCAAUUCUAAAUUAUCGGGACGUAAUUCUUAUCAGGACAUGAUGUAUCACUGCUUCGGGAAGAGUGGGUUAAUUGCUAUAUCGGUCUUUCAGUUUGCUUUCGCAUUUGGUGGUGACACAAUCCCUCAUGUGAUAUCCUCGCUGUUUCCGCACAUUGUCAAUAUACCAAUACUUGAUCUAUUUGUACAGCCUAGCGGUUUGGCCUUAAUAUCGAUGGUUAUAAUUGUGCUAUGUGUUGUGGUGGAAGGACCUUUGGUGAAACCAGAACUGCGUGGCAGUGAAAAUGGAAAAUGGGAUUUUGCGCAUCCUCAGUUGUUUCAGUCGAUUGGUGUUAUUAGUUUUGCUUUUGUAUGUCAUCAUAAUUCACUAUUAAUUUUUGAUUCGCUAAAGAAACCUACACUAAAUCGGUUUGCUACUGUGACUCAUUGGUCGACGGGCGUUUCGAUGCUAGCAUGUAUAUUGAUGGCUUUGUCCGGUUAUUUGGUGUUUACGGAUAAAACACAGGGAAACAUUUUGAAUAAUUUCCCGGAUAAUGAUUUCAUUAUUAAUAUAGCACGAUUUUGCUUCGGAUUUAAUAUGUUUACCACGCUUCCACUGGAAGCAUUUGUUUGCCGAGAGGUUAUAGAAAUCUACUUUUUCAACAAUAAAUCAUUUUCAAACACACGUCACCGACUAAUAACAACCCUACUAGUCAGCGGCGCAAUGGUAAUCUCGUUACUCACUGAAGACUUAGGCUUUGUACUAGAGUUAACCGGUGGAUUUUCCGCCACAGCAUUAGCCUACAUAUUACCGCCGGCAUGUUUUCUUCAACUCACCUCGGGAAAAUGGUGGACACGGAAAAAAUUGCCGGCUGUGCUUUGUGUGGCGUUUGGUGUUUGUGUCAUGUUUCUGAGUACAUUUUUGUCGAUUGCAAAGGCUAUAAAAUAG